AUGGCAAACAAUGCAGUUGACGCCUCCCCCAGUGUGAUUUCCAACAAUCUUCUUGUUUCUGCUAAAUUCAUAUUUGAAACGGUAGAUGCGGCAAGACAAGUUGUCGUUCAGAAAGAGAAUUUCGAGAAAUUCUCAUUCCACUUGGAAAGGACUGCUUUUUUUCUUAAAGAAUUCUCCACGUUUGAACUAAAUGAUUUUGAGAGAUUACAUGGUGCCAUUGAUGAUCUUAAUCUGGAGAUAAAAGUUGCUAAGCAACUAGCUUCUGAAUGCAGAAACCGGAACAAAAUUUAUCUCUUCUUAAAUAGCCAGAAAAUCAUAGAUGAAAUAAAGAAAAAUACAAAGAAUAUUAGUAGGCUUAUGAGCCUCUUUACUUCUGGAUCUUUGAACGUUUCAUCAGAAAUAAUUAGACAGUUAAGGACACUGUGCAAGAAUAUGUUAGAUGCUGAAUACCAACCAGCUGCUAUAGAGGAAGAAAUUUUGCAGAAGAUUGAAAGAGGAAUUGAAGAGAGAAACGUUGAUCGAUCUUACGCAAACAAUUUGCUUGUUUGUAUUGCUGACUCUGUUGGAAUCUCAAGUGAGCAUUCUGAAAUUAAGGCAGAAUUUGAAAAUUUUAAGAAGGAAAUGGAGAACAACGAAUUAAGGCCGGAUUGGACCGAGGAUUUACGGAUGGAACAGAUCAUACUAUUGCUUGGUAAGGCAGACAUGGUUAUGACUCCUAUAGAAAAAGAGAUGAAGUACUUUAACAAACGCAACUCUUUGGGUCGGCAGCUGUUGGAACCUCUUCAAUCAUUUUAUUGUCCAAUAACCGGGGGCAUCAUGGUGGAUCCAGUUGAGACUUCCUCUGGCCAUUCUUUUGAGCGAACAGCAAUUCAGAGGUGGUUAGAAGACGGGAAUAACGUCUGCCCGCUAACUAAGACUCCCUUGAACAAAUUAUCGCUGCGGCCCAACAGAACUCUUCACCAAUCCAUUGAAGAGUGGAGAAAUCGAAACACCAUGAUUAGCAUUGCUUCCAUGAAACCCGACAUCCAGUCGAGCAAUGAGCAAGAAGUACUUCAUUGUUUGGAGAAGCUGCAUGACUCGUGCAUAGGAAGCGAGUUGCACCGGGAAUGGAUAGUAAUGGAGGAUUAUAUACCAAUUUUCACAGGUCUCCUCAGUUCAAAAGGUCACGAAAUAAGACUUCUUGCUUUAACUAUCCUUCACUGCCUUGCUAAGGAUGCUGAUGAUAACAAGGAAAGAAUUGCAAAAGUAGACGAUGGGAUCAAAUAUGUUGUUCGGUCACUUGCACGUAAAUUUGAAGAAAGCACGAUGGCACUUAAAUUGCUUUUGGAAUUAUCAAGAAGCAGUGCUGUUAUGAACUUCAUCGGGAAUGUUCAGGGCUGUAUACUUCUACUUGUAACUUUGGCGAAUAGCGAUGACACACAAGCUGCAGAAUAUGCUCAGGAGGUUUUGGAUAAUCUUGCAUUCAUAGAUCAGAAUGUUAUACAAAUGGCGAACGCAAAAUAUUUUGGACCUCUAUUGCAGCGUCUUUGUGAAGGACCCACAAGCGCACAGAUGAUCAUGGCAGAAACCUUGGCUGAUAUGGAGCUGACGGAUCACAACAAGCUCGAUCUCUUUAGGAAUGGGGCACUGAAGCCACUCCUUCAAAUGCUCGUGCAUGAUGCUGAAGAGAAUAAGGCAGUAGCAGUUAAAGCUCUUGAGAACCUCUCGAGUGUAGCACAAAAUGGUUUGCAGAUUAUUAGAGAAGGGGCUACACAGCCACUGUUUGAACUUCUCUUUUGUCAUACCUUAUCGUUACCAAAAUUGCGUGAACGGGUAGCAAUAAUUAUCAUGCACCUAUCUAUAUCGACCACUGUCCAAGAGGCUUCUGAGGAUCAGGUUUUGCUUUUGGAAUCUGAGGAGGACGUUUUCAAACUAUUUUCGCUUAUUUCACUGUCUGGACCUAAUAUGCAACAAACACUCCUCAGCACCUUCCUUGAAAUGUGUAAAUCCCCUUCCGGUUUUAAUAUCAGGACUACCUUGAGACAGAUCUCUGCUGUUAAAGUAUUGGUCCAGUUAUGCGAACUUGACGACCAUGUUGUGAGGGCUAGUGCAGUGAAAUUGUUCCAUUAUCUUACAGAAGAUGGUGAUCACAGCACCUUCUCAGAGCAUGUGAACACGAGAUAUAUUGAGACAUUGGUAAGGAUUGUUAGAACUUCCCAUGAAGAGGAUGAGAUUGUUGCAGCCAUGGGCAUAAUCUCGAAUCUUCCUCGAGAUUUUCAGAUGUCUCAGCAACUUUUAGACCUUGGUGCACUUGAAAUCAUCUUUGAUUGCCUCACUUGUAGAAAUACUCAUGCUUCACAUAAAAAAGAAGUCGUUGAGAAUGCUGCUCGAGCCCUUUCCCGGUUCACCGUCUCAACAAAUCCCGAUUGGCAGAAGAAAGUAGCUGGAGAAGGCACUAUUCCAGUUCUGGGACAUUCAGUUGUUGCUUUCGGCCUCCAGAAUCUAGCUGCCCCAUACACCAUGCCGGAUUCUGGUCCUCGUGAAGCUUCAUUGGAUGCAAUUUUGACCUUAAUUGAUGGUGAAAAACUUCAGAAUGGUAUUAAAGUUGUUGAGGAGGCCAAUGGUUUGCUUCCCAUUAUUAAGCUGUUGAAUUCAUCCUGUACCGGAUUGCAGGAAAAAUCUCUGGAGGUUUUACACAGAAUGUUUAGAAUUGUCGAAUUUAAACAAAAAUAUGGGAAUUCUGCUAAGAUGUCAUUAGUGGAUAUCACUCAGAGAGGAACCAGUAAUGCAAAAUCUUUGGCUGCCAAAAUUCUCUCUCAGUUGGAUGUACUUCAUGAACAGUCUUCAUUUUUUUGA